GAGGAGAGAAGCCGGCAGGAUCACAGUCAAAAUUAGUUCUUUUUUGUUAACUGAGCUGUAAUGGAUGAAAAAAUCCUGGUUUUAGCAGCAGAAGAAAAAACAGAGCAGCUUCAGGCAUGCCUACAGAACUUGAAGGAAGAAGAGUUGAGAGACCUGGUUACAAAGCUGGCCCUGAGAGGGAAAGAAAUUGGUGCCCUGCUGAGAGGAAUCUUCAAAGGUUCCCCUUGCUCUCAACAGAGUUGUGUCAUCAGGAGAAUCAGCAUUUACAAACAUGGCAUCCAGCUGGUAGAAUCCGGUGACCUGCAUGUGGAAGUAGCAUGUGAGAUUAUAGGGCUGCUGAUGCUAGAGGUCCACCAGCUGCCAGGCCCCGCAUUGGUUGAUUUGGCCACUUUGUUUGUUGAAGCUGUCCGAGGAGGUAGCCUGCUAAGUGGCAAAUCUUUAGAGUUGCUUCCGACAGUAUUGACUGCACUGGCUACAUCGAAAGAGAGCCUGAUUUAUGGCAAAGGUGAACUGAGUGGGGUAGAGCUUAAGAAACAGCUGAUCAAUACACUGUGCUCCAGCAGGUGGAGCCAUCAGUAUGUGAUCCAUCUCACCUCCAUGUUCAGGGACGUCCCAUUGAGUGUGGAAGAGCUGCAAUUUGUGGUGGAAAAGGUACUAAGGAUGCUUCCUAAGGUGGAUCUCCAAGAAAUCCCUCCUCUGGUCUACCAGCUGCUGCUGCUUUCUGCAAAGGGUAGCAAGAAAAACAUUUUGGAAGGAUUAAUCAGCUUUUUCAAUCAGGUAGAUCAAAAGCAGAAAGAAGAGCAGAGAGAUUCAGAGUCCAUGGACCUUGAAGCAGCUACGGUGCCAUUAGAUCAACUCCGCCAUGUGGAAGGCACAGUCAUUCUGCAUAUUGUGCUGGCCAUUAAUCUGGACCGGGAUUUGGGCAAGGAGCUGCUAAAAUACUUAAAGUCUGAGCAGCACAGAGAUCCCAGCAAUGCCCUCGGUCCCUUCAGUGUGACCCUUCUGCUGUCAAUGGCCAGGAUACACCGAUUUCAAGAGCAGGUCUUUGACUUCCUGAAAACAUCAGUUAUGAAGUGCUUCAAGGACAUGCAGUUCGUUAAGGGCUCCAAGUUCUUGCAGGACUUGGCUCCUCUGCGCUGCAGCAUAUCAGCCACAGUUUUAGAAGUCGUGGCAAACAGUGUGUUCGGUUGGGAUCAUGUUACUCAAGGCCUGGUGAAUUUUGGUUUCAUUCUGUUGGACUCCUACGGGCCUAAGAAAAUUUUAGGAAGCAAAGUCACGGAAAGUGGACAAAAUUGUUCUCAUUUGAUUGUGUGUGCUUUCUCUCUCAAUUGACCUGCCUCUUUCCAGGUCCAUGAGCCAAUCAGGAGGGAGAUCCUGGAGCAGGUCCUCAACAGAGUCAUCAUCAAUGCUGGAUCUCCCAUCUGCCACUUCAUAGAUUUGCUGUCCAGCAUCAUCUCCUAUGCUCCCCUCGUCCUUCAGAAUUCUUCCUCUAAAAUCACAGAGGCCUUCGAUCAGCUGUCUUUUCUCCCUCUUGCAACAGUGCAGGGACUCCUGAAGGCUGUGCAGCCUCUGCUCAAAAUAAGCAUGUCCAUGAGGGACUCCCUGAUCCUUGUUCUUCGCAAAUCAAUGUUUUCGGGGCAGCUGGAUGCUCGUAAGUCAGCAGUUGCUGGGUUUUUGCUUCUGUUGAAGAAUUUCAAGAUUCUGGGCAGCUUAACUUCCUCCAGCUGCAGCCAAGCAAUUGGUGCAAGUCAGGUCCAGGUGGAUGUUCACUCCCAGUAUAACUCAGUGGCGAAUGAGGCCUUUUGCCUCGAAAUCCUAGGCAGCCUGAGGCGAUGUUUAAGUCAGCAGGCCGAUGUCAGACUCAUACUGUAUGAGGGUUUUUAUGAUGUCCUGCGUAGGAAUUCCCAGCUGAGUAAUUCUGUUCUGAAGACACUGCUAUCACAGAUAAAACGGUAUUAUGAACCUGAACCGGACCUGUUGCCCCCAUUAAAACUAGAGGGAUGCAUCUUGGCUCAGCGAGACCAAAUCUUUCUGCAAGAACCUUUGGCUCACCUCCUCUGCUGCAUCCAACACUGCCUGACUUGGUAUAAGAACACUUUAGCCCUGCGCCAGCAGGCCGAAGAUGAGGAGGAGGACAAUGAAGAAGAGGCUGGCUUCCAACAAGAGUUGGGUGAGAUGUUGGUGUCCAUCACACGGCGAAUGAUCAAGAGUGAACUGGAAGAUUUUGAACUGGAUAAAUCAGCAGAUUUUUCUCAGUCUACUGGAGUGGGUUUGAAGAACAAUAUUUAUGCCAUUUUGGUGAUGGGGGUCUGCGAAGUCUUGAUCGAGUACAGUUUUAGCACAGGGAACUUCAGCAAGAGUACAUCUGAAGAUGUUCUGGGCCUGUUCAAGUGCUACACCAGUCUUAGCAACAUCCUGAAAGAGAAAGGCGGAAGGAGCAAGUCCUUAUCAGCAAAUAAAAUGGCCCGAAGCUUCCUUUCAAUGGGCUUCAUCUCCACCUUGCUCACAAGUCUCUUCAGGUAA